ACAGCAAAUGAACAAGUAGCAGCGUUUUGUAUCUCAGAAAAAUUUUGAGCUACCUUUUGAGUAUCUUUUGAAAAUCCUCAAUUGACCAAACAUUUUGCCAUGGGUGGUUGCAAUCAGUCCAAGGUUGUGCCGGCUUCAUCACCAGCCAAUGAAUUUUCCACGGGGAUGGUCAAGAACAAAUCUCUCUCCUUCUGGAAAUUCCUCAAGAACCGCCACAACAUGAUUCGGGUAGCCCCUGCCCUGCCCGAGGACCAGCUCACCACCGAUGUGUCAGAUCGCACCAUCGUGGGUAUCAACAAGCCGCCUUCUCCCAUCCACCCUCGAUUGCGUAAAAGUCAUGAUGACAGCCCUUCACUGACGUUCAGCGAGGUCAGCUUGUCUCCUUACAUGAUUACUGAGGACACAGCUGACGGAGACGAGUUGCUGGAGGUGGAGAUUGCCGGACGCCCACCUACACCGGAUCUCUACAUAUUGGGAACUCCUCUUUUUGCAAAGAAGAUCAGCAACAAGAAGAAGCUUCAUGCCCGCCAGGAAAGCCAGGAAAUCCUUCGUGAGCUUCGCAAUGCUGGUAUCGUGGCUCGCCAAGAGACACGCACAGGAGGUGUAGCAUACGAGUACUUCGUCAAGGAGAAGUUUGGCUUGCUGAAGAAACCGCCAGCCCGCCUGGAGAAACUGAAGAAAGCGAAGAAGAUGAGAGAAGCACGAGGUGAUGCCAAGCUGAGAGAGGAGAUGGAGAGUCGCAUGCAGAUGGCUGAAGAACGCCGCAAGAAUGUUCUCGACAAGGUUCGCAUUCAGCAGACACAGCACUUGGUCUUGGACAUCCGAAGGGCCCGUGACAACUCAGCCGCUCUGGAGGAGGAAAAGAUCCAAGCAACAGCAGAGCGCCUCCAACAGAAGGAGAUCCUGUCUCAGGUUAUGCAGGGUCGUGCCACCGUCAACCGUGGCCUGCGCAACAUGCAGAAGAAACACCACCACACCGAAGUGCGCCUGCGUGCUGCCCUGAAGAAAAUGGCAAAGAAAGACGAGGAGCUGCGUGAGGCUAGGGAAAUCAUCGUAGUAUCACCAAUGAGAGGCGUGGAACAAGAUCAAGAUCAGAGCGAAGAGGAGGAAAUGGCGGCCGAGCACAUCUGCAACUAAACAACCAACAAAAAGUUGGGAAUAAUUAUGUAAUAUGUACAUGUCGAUACCUGUCCAAUGGAUUUAACUUGUUUACUAUGUACAUGCCAGUAUCGGAGAUGAUUUUACCAUUUUUUUACCAUGUACAAACGGUCACUACAAGAGAGGGGGUCAAGAUUAUGAAAAAAAGAUACACGAAGGGUGAAUUCCACAACAGAUGUAAAUAGCCACUGUCACAGGCAACGUGAUAAGGUAAAUUAUAAACAGAAAUGCAGUGAAUGGAAAUAAAUUAAUCACUAUACUAAUAAAUCAGAAUUCAGCACGGAGGGGUUUUAGGAAUAAAACAGGACAAUUAUAGAUCUUUUUCAUCAAUAGGAAGUCAUUUGAGGAGAGCUGAAUACCACUUCAAAUAUGAACUACACUGAACCUCUUCACCAAUUUUCCUUUCAAAUAAUCAUCGUUGUCUCCAUCUCAUAACGAACCUUUGCACUGUUUAAAGGGCGAAUUUGAAACCUCAGACCUCAUCCGUUGUCAGUGGAAUAUGAGGAAACGCCUGCUAUUUUCUUUUGCCAAAACGUAAUCCAAAGCCAGAUAUUGAUUCUAUCAACAUGGGUAAAAUGAUACCGGAGCCAAAAAUGCGUUAAUGUUGGUCUCCAGUUUUACAUUCGUAUUAGAUUCUGUCUUGAACCAUUCAGUGCAAUGUCUCGGUAGACCUUAUGUCUGCGUUAUUUUGUUGCCAGUUUCUGUUUUGUUUCGUUCAAGGUUGGUUUAAUGUAUGCUGGCCGAGGAUGUUCGCGGUUGUGAUGUAUGGAUAGUUGAGGUGGAUUAGUAUGGUUGUGAUUAAUUCCAGUCGAUUGUGUUCGACUGUGGUGGUUUUGGUUGAUUGUAUGGUUGGAAGUUGAAUGUGCUUCGGUGUGGUUGGCUGUAAUUGGUUGUGGAUGGGUGCGAUAGGGGGCAUAAGAUGCUGCUUAUUACAGUUGAUUGUGGUUGAGUGUGGCUGCUUAUGGUUGUUUGUGGUUGAUUACGCUUGGGUGUGGUUGCUUGUAGAAGGAUGUGGUUGAUGUUGUUGAGUGUCGUUGGGUAUGGUUGACUCGUUAGAGAGGUUGAUUGUGGUUGGGUUUGGUUGCCUAUGUUUGAGUGUGGUUGGAUAUGGUUGAUUGUGGUAAGUGGUUGAUUGUGAUUGAGUUUGGUUGAUUAUGCUUGAGUGUGGUUGGCGGUAAUUAGUCACUGUGGAUGGGUGCAGUUGAUUGUUGAUGGUUGUGGUUCACUUUGUAGUUUGGUUGAAGGUGGUUGGGUGCAUUUAUUGUAUUUGCGGUUUACAGUGUGCGGAUGUGAUUUGUUGUGCAGGCGUGGUAUACACAGUGUGGACCUCUGUACAAAAGAAGUCCACAUAAUAUAGGCUGCGAUGGCGUUGUGAGGACUCGCACACGUCCACACAAUGUUUUCCCCUCUCUGAAAAACAGUUCAGUGGCAUUUUGGGGUCAAGGUUUUCUGUGGCAAAAAUGAAGAGGAACAGUCUAGGAAAUAAUCAUCAACAAUCCAGCUCGAACUUAAAGGAGUUAUCCUAGUUGGAAAAAAGUGCAUUUUCCUCGAGUUUCCUUAACCACCGGAGAACAAAGAAAUGUCCACACUUUGUAUGUAAACAGGUGUGGUUGUGGUUGCAUGUGCUUGAUUGUUGUUGAGUGUGACUGAUUUUGGUUUAGUUAAGUGAAUGCUGGAUAUUGUGGUUGGGUGUGUGGUUGGUAGUUGUUGGUUGUUUGCCCCUGUUUUUAGUGCUGGUUUAGUUAAGUUUUAUAAAUUCAUAUGGUUGUCAGGUGGUCUGCUCAUGCGUUACCAGUUUCCUCGUAACAACCUAGAUUAUCAAAUCGAAUAGCUUAGAAUUUAUCGGUAGAGACUUGCGUAAUUGGUUACUAAUCAACAAGCCAGUCAGCAGUUGCAGUCGAUUAAUUAACGGUCAGUUAGGUCAGUGCCCUAUAUACUUAACGGUACCAUUUUGGUCAAAAUUCCUUCCUGUGUUUAACUCUUUUGCAUGAAUUCAAAUCCUUCUCUUCGUCUUUCACUUCAAGUUUCCUGUCUUUCUUACCUUAAACCUUUCACCCUCACAUCACUCCUCCUUUUUAUCUAAACUUCUUCCUAACAGCCAGCAAGACGUGUCAUCCAUUUUGUACUUGGGCCUAUGCUAUCAAUUGACAGUUUGGACGUUGGUGCGAUUUUGGUCCCAGUUCCUUUCUUCCUAUUUCAAAAUCUUUAGCAGGCUACUCCUUCCAUUCGUCUCUUCAGUUCUCCUAUUUUCUUUCCUUACAGGGCUUGUACCCUUCACCUUAUACUUUUUCAUUCACGAAUCCUUUUUAAACACUUCUUCCCAAUUGUCAGCUCAAAGUAUCCUAGAUUCUGUAUCGUAUGGCAUAUAAGGACUCUCAAACAAAUCUCUUUAGUUUUUCUCAAUAUUCCUCCUUCCUCUCUCAUCAUCCGUCUGCUUGUUUCCCUCCAUCUAUUUCUUUAAUAACCCAUCUUUCUUUGUCUUGCCUUCCCUUUUCUCCCUUCAUUUUCUUUACGCUUGUGCGCCAUUUUGACAAGAUCUUAACACUAAAUCCUUUCGGAAAGUUCCGGAAUCCUGUAAUUUUUUCACCGACUUAUUAGCACCUAGGUAGUUCACCCAAAGGUCUCAAUCAUUUUGCGUUUUCGCUCUGUUUUAAGGUUCGAAGAGUUUAGGUUAAUGAAAGGCCUGUUAGACUGUAAUCUUGAUUACGUAAGGACUCGUGUAUUUACAGUCAUUUAUUUUAAAUGUUUAGUUUUCAUUUACAUAAUUUAUGAAUGUAUUUCUGGGUUUUCUUUUCAAGACUGUCAUUUGCAGGAUGAAACCUCACAUUCCUCUGAAUUUAUGGAAACAGAAACACGAUUGCUUCGCACAUCCAACAAUAAAAAUACACUUAAACACGAAAAGUGCAACUUGAAAAGUGCAAUCUUGCAAAUGAAUAUUAACUUCAAAAUGAACUCUCCAGUAUUGGCUUAUCUCAUAAGUAGCUUGAUCCAACACAAAUUGGGAUUUCCUCAGCCUAACAAUGCAAAUUAAAAAACGGCUCUCCUUGAAUGACUUCUGUCUUCUUUUAUAUUUUGCUGUCCACGGCAUCUCAUCACUGGUACCCUUUUAGACAAACAGUUUAACGUGUCGAUUCAGUGGUAAACAUCGUCAUAUCAUGUAUGUGCCUUGGGAAACUCUUUGUCUGUGGACCUUUUUGUACCGAAAAAAAUUUUUAAAAAUUAAAAACCCCAAAAGCCCCAAAAAAUUCAAAAUCGAUGAAAUGUA